UGGAAAAGAAGGAAGAUUGGGAAUGCACGUCUGGCAGAGUUAAAAGGGAGGAGUGGCAUGAGUGGAAUAUCAAAGGUACGUCGGCCGCCCAGCAUUCAAUACGCUGAGACAAAGCCAUCAGCCUGCUCCUUCCUGCUCCUACCUGCACCGGCAGAUCGGACACAUUGAAAAGGGUUUUAACUGACCUGGAAAGAUCAGCGGCUGUGGAGCAAAUGGCCUUCUCCAGUUUGUUCUUCUUGACUGUGACACUUGUGUUAAUGAUGGAGAGAAAAGGUCAUGCAGAAAUGAAUCCUCAAGCCACGUUUCGGGAAAAACGGUGUACAUGUGAAGUCCUUGAAGACAAAGAGUGUGUCUAUUUCUGCCAUGUAGGAGUGGUCUGGGUCAACACACCAGGAAAAGUUGUUCCUUAUGGGGUGGGCAGUUACCCACAACGACUUAAAAGAGAUGCCACGAGGUGCCUUUGUACCUCCAGUGACGACACAAAAUGCCUGAAUUUCUGCAUGCCUUCAGUUGCCAAGGAGCAUUACAAAGGAAAAUGCAGCAAUCUUUUUCAGAAGAUUAAUAAAGAUGAAAAUAAGCAACAAGAAUCAUGAAAACUCCUGAAAAUGAGCACAGGGGACCAGAGACUCACGCUGAUGUGUUCUCUUUGUUUUAUUGGUGAAAACAGAAGUGCUAAGGAAAAAAUAUUUUUACAUGCUAUUUGGUUUAAAAAUAAAUCCACCUUUUCUUAUGCUAGGAAACUUAAAUAUCUUAGAGCACACCUGAUAUACAGAAAAAUGUGCAAAUCCAGCAGUUCAUCUCUAAAAGCAGCUUUUAUUAACAUCCUUUUCUUGAGGUGGCAGAAAUUGAAAUGAGAUAAAUGCAGCAUGUCACAAUUUUAAAAAUGUACUGCACCUCCGUGUUGGGGAUGUAAAGGAUAAUGUUUGGGACCAUCGGCGUCACAGGAGUUUAAGUUCACUUGGGGUGAUUCAUUGCCUCAUUAGUGCAGUUGGAAUAUACCUGGGGUUACGUCUACACUUUGGAGACGCUCAGCACCUGCUGAUGUCUGUGAAUGGCCAACGUCAUGCAGUCAUUACACAUGGGGGGAUAUGCAACAAAGAACUAAAUGUGACAACGGCUUUAAUAGACCUGCCAGUGCUGAGUGUCCCGAACAUUAUAGUGCCCUGAAUUUGCGGGGGGUAGUGGGGCACAUGUAGAAAAAGUUCUGUGUGACCAAAAUGUCUGCAAAUCCUUUAAAUGAAAGUCGGCAGUGUGAACUGUAAUCAUGAUGUCUGAAUGGUUUGAUUUGUAAUUUUAAACUGUGGAGAAGAGGGGGAAUCAAGAUAAAAAUGGAUCUUUGUCCAAAACAUUAUAGAGGACAAUGUAGUAUCUAUCUAUCUAUCUAUUAUAUAGUGCCUUUCAUAUCUAUCUAUCUAUCU